CUACGGGCAUGUAAAUGGAGAACGAAAUUAUAGUUAUACCGAAUCUCCUACACACAAUACCAAGGUUACCAACUUUGGUCAGCUGACCGGAGUGAGACGUUCAAUUCGCCACAAGUCUGCACACCCAGACACACGGAUAUAAAACGUAUUAUUAUCCGGCUACAGCGCCUCAACCAAUCACACUCAACUUUUACUUCGGGGUGGAGUGAAGACCGAGCAUAAAAGGAUGGAAAAGCUGUGGAGCUGAGCUACUGAGAUCAUCAUUCUCAAAGACAAAGUAAACAGGUCUAAACUAACGCCAACAUGGUUCAGUGGACUGAUGCUGAGCGCGCCGCCAUCGCUGAUAUCUUCGGCAAAAUCGACCGCGAUGUAGUUGGACCAAACGCACUUGCCAGGUGCCUUAUCGUGUACCCCUGGACCCGGAGAUAUUUCGGUGGCUUUGGAAACUUGUACAGCGUCGAUGCCAUCCUGGCGAAUCCCAAGGUCGCUGCCCACGGAAAGGUUGUGCUUGGCGGGCUGGAGAAGGCUAUGAAGAACUUGGAUGACAUCAAGAAAACCUUCGCCCCGCUGAGCGAGCUGCAUUCAGAGAAACUGAACGUGGACCCCGAUAACUUCAGACUGCUGGCUGACUGUCUCACCCUUGUCAUUGCUGGGCAGAUGGGCGCUGCGUUCACACCGGAAGUUCAGGCAGCGUGGCAGAAGUUUCUUGCUGUUGUUGUUUCUGCUCUCUGCAGGCAAUAUUACUAAAGUAUCUCAAUAAAUUACAAGGAGUCAAUUAAAA